AUGACAGCUUAUGGGCUUUACUUGGGAGGACAUUCACAUGGUUCAGAAAUAACUUCUGCUGAUCUUCACCGGGUCAAUGAAAUCCAUCACAAGUUCCUUGGCUCAUUCCUACGAAAUAAAGAGAAGGCGAAAGACUCAAUAAUUUAUUCGUACAAGAGACAUAUCAAUGGUUUUGCUGUUGUUCUUGAAGAUGAAGAUACAUCAGAAAUAGCAAAAGGAGACACUCCGACAACAGUUACUGGAAACUUGAGUGGCCUUAAGCCUGGACUUCAUGGCUUUCACGUCCAUGCUUUAGGUGACACCACAAAUGGCUGUAUGUCAACUGGUCCUCAUUUUAAUCCUGCGGGAAAAGAGCACGGUGCUCCAGAAGAUGAGACUCGUCAUGCUGGCGAUCUUGGUAACGUCAAAGUUGGCGAAGAUGGCACUGCAACUUUCACUAUUACUGACAAACAGAUUCCACUUUCAGGACCACAUGCCAUAAUUGGAAGGGCUGUAGUUGUCCAUUCUGAUCCUGAUGAUCUUGGAAAGGGUGGCCAUGAACUGAGCAAAAGCACUGGAAAUGCUGGUGGGAGAGUUGCUUGUGGUAUAAUCGGGCUUCAGGGCUGA